CAGAAAGAGAAAGAGAGGAGAGAGAGAGGGAGAGAACGAACAAGCGAAUGAGAGGAGAGGCUUGCAACCAUCGCCGUGCACUGUAAUAGUGGAUUGUACUUCAACGGGAGUUAGCGGUUUGGCAGGUUUAUAUACAUCAAACCAGAACAAAGAGAGAGGCUGUACAGUACCAUAAAAGACACAGCGAAAGAAAAGAAUAAAGCGGCAAAGACCAAAUCUUAGCGGCUAAAUUACAAAAGAACUAAGGAGCCUAUGCAGCCUGUUUUCUUCUCUACAAAAGGAACAUAAAACCGGACUUCAUUUUUUUGGUUGAGAAUUUGCGCGAUUUCUUCAACCACUAGAAGUUUGUUGCGUGCAAAUGUUUUCUCAGUUUGAAUCUGAAUUCUAAGAUUUUGCGAGACGACCAAACUUCCUCGCCUGCACGUGGUGUCAAAGGGCUCUUGAAAACCUGGAUUUUUAUUCACUGAUGCACAUUAAUUUCCAAUAGAAAUAGGCCUACAUGAAUGCUUUAAAUACAAGAUAUACGGAUUUUACUAAUUUUGGCCAGCCUUUUGCAUAUUUUCACUUUUGACGCUUAUGUCAAUGGUAUUUGCCAAAAAAAACAACCCAGACUUUUAAAGUUUGAAUAAUUCAUGAGAUACAAUUGCUUGCUUGAAAAAAGUAACUGAAAAGGGAGGGGGGUAAUCCACAAACAUAUUCAUAAGGGUUAACGGAAUGGCCACCGCGGCUUCCAAUCCCUAUUUACCCAGCAAUAGCAUUUUAUCAUCCGGCUCAAUCGUGCAUUCAGACUCCGGAGGCGGUGGCAUGCAGCCGGGCAGCACUGCGGUGACCUCGGUGUCUGGGGGGUACCGGGGAGAUCCCACCGUAAAAAUGGUACAGAGUGACUUCAUGCAGGGUGCAAUGGCAGCGAGCAACGGAGGACAUAUGCUCAGCCAUGCUCACCAGUGGGUGACAUCUCUGCCACACGCUGCUGCCGCCGCAGCUGCAGCCGCAGUAGCUGCAGCCGAAGCCGGAUCACCGUGGUCGUCGAGUCCCGUCGGUAUGACCGGCAGCCCGCAGCAACAGGACGUGAAAAACAAUUCCGGUAGAGACGAUCUGCACACCGGCACCGCGUUGCACCACAGGCCUCAGCACCUCGGUCCCCACCAGACUCACGCGGGUGCUUGGGGGAGCUCCACCGCGUCUCAUAUCAACUCCUUAUCCGGGGGGCAGCAGCAGCAGUCUCUCAUCUACUCCCAGCCCGGGGGCUUCACGGUGAACGGGAUGCUGAGUCCGGGGAGCCAGAACCUAGUGCACCCGGGCUUAGUGAGGGGAGACACCCCUGAGCUCGACCACAGCAGCCACCACCACCACCACCACCACCAGCACGCGCAUCACCAGCAGCACCACGGGGGGCUAAACAACCACGACCCGCACUCCGACGAGGACACGCCGACCUCGGACGACCUGGAGCAGUUUGCCAAGCAGUUCAAACAGCGCCGGAUCAAACUGGGCUUCACGCAAGCUGACGUGGGGUUAGCUCUGGGCACGCUCUACGGAAACGUUUUCUCCCAGACCACCAUCUGCAGGUUUGAAGCUCUGCAGCUCAGCUUCAAGAACAUGUGCAAGCUGAAGCCGCUGCUGAACAAGUGGCUGGAGGAGGCGGACUCGACCACGGGUAGCCCCACGAGCAUCGACAAGAUCGCCGCGCAGGGAAGAAAGCGGAAGAAGCGCACGUCCAUUGAAGUGAGCGUAAAAGGAGCUUUAGAGAGCCACUUUCUAAAAUGCCCCAAACCCUCGGCCCAAGAGAUAACCUCUCUAGCGGACAACUUGCAGUUGGAGAAAGAAGUGGUUAGAGUGUGGUUUUGCAAUAGGAGGCAGAAAGAGAAAAGGAUGACCCCCCCCGGAGUGCCCCAGACGCCGGAGGAUGUGUACUCUCAGGUCGGCAAUGGACAUUUUUUAGUAGAUUACUUAAAAGAUGCAAGUUUAACUGGACUGAGUGAACCAAGCGACCAGCGGGUGACAACUACAAGUUCAUUCCAUCAGGUAAUUUUGGCGCAUUAACACCAACAAGAAAUUCAAAGCAAGUAUUAAUAUUUUUACAAAGAGAUUCCCCCGUUAUCCUGUAUCUGAUUUGCGAAAGACAAAAGAAUCAGGCAAUUGUAUAUUAAAACAUGGGAAGUCAAACUCAACAAUAACAAAGGAAAAAACUGCAUCAGCACCAACGAAGAAGAGUGGCAUCCACGAAGCUUCCAACAUAUGUUUUUGCGGGGUGGACUGCAUGGUUUGAUUCUGACACAAAGAGGAAGUGAGAUUUUUUCAGGCCCUCCACGACUAAAUGAUAAGAUAAACAGAGGACUGGUCUCAUCUGAUCAGAAGGAUCAUAUCUUCUUCAAAUGGGUUGUUAUUUAAGCGACUUAACACCGUGAAUGGAUUUUUUUUAAACAUAGACAUUUGAAAAGACUAUCUUCUGCUGCACUUAUUUGAAUUUCUCCUCUGCGAAAAUCUGUGGCCAAGUGUGAGUGAGUGCUGUGGAUGUUACUAUUAUGCUGCCAUUUCUAAGCAGUAUUCUUUGGUAGGUUUUAAUAAACAAGACUCUGUAAAGCCGGCAAUAUAGAUUCAUUAGAUCAGAGAAUGAUCUGAGUUAUUUACUUUAUAUUUUUCAUCAAAAUGACUUGUUUUAAUAUUUUAUUCGGAAUACAUAUGAAUGAUUCCAAAUGGUAAUUUAUUUUUCCCCAGAACUUGUGUAAGAUGUUUUUCUUUCCUGUUUUCGUUGUUGACCUUAUAUGUUUUGUUUAAUUUUGUAUUAUUGUUUCUAAAGGAGCACAAAUCAACAUAAGCUGACAUUGACAGUUGUUAGGUAAUAAGGGUAUAUUUUGAUGUGAUAAUUUGAUUGUAAUUUAAUUUCAGUAGUGAUUCCGUAAGAGCUG